AGUUUUAGGAUAUUAGCUAAAAAUAAAGACAUAAGGUCCAUGGGCAAUAAAACGUGGGAAUGGACCUUAGAUCUUUAUUAGAUAGGUUCCAGGAGAGGAGACCUUACGAAGCCCAGGAAGAUGUCGAGGAAUUUUAUCGCGGGACCCAAAACAUUUCCAGUUGUCGAAAAGUUGUUUGUCCGUUUGGUGGAAAAGAAAAUCCUCUGUGUUUUCUGUCAGACUGUGAAAAUGUCUGUUGUCUUGUCACCGUAAAUCUGUACCGUCUGUUGUCAAAUAUAAAUGUUUUUUGUUAAAUCUCAGUAUAGUGGCCAGUUUAUGAGUUACACCAACACCAUGUAGAGAAGAAUCUCCUGGAAAAUGAAGAUUCUUGAUGCUGAUCAUGAAGAAGCCAUGUGACCAGUGAGACGAUGUUCCUUGGUGACAUGGAGUCCUUAAACGCACAGUCCUGGGAAUGUAAAGUGAUGUCUAAACUGGCCACUGACUGCAGACUGUUGUGUUAUUGUUGUGAUGUUGCUGUUGUUGUUGUUUUGUUGUUGAUGUCGUGUUCCUGUGUCACUUUUUGACCCAGAAAUCGAGAUGGACUUUGUUGUCCCAUUGAAGGACAUUUCUGUGCAUGAAAAGAAACAGGCUAAGUUUGAAUGCACCAUCACGAAGGAUGUCUCUAAGGUCAUGUGGUACAAAGGGGGUGACAUCAUCACCCCAGACCAAAAGUAUGACAUCAUCGAUGAUGGCAAGAAGCACAUGCUGAUCAUAAACUGCUGCGAGUUCGAUGAUGAGGACGAAUAUACGAUUGAGAUUUUGGGCAAAUCUUCAACAGCCAGACUGACAGUGGAGGGUAUCAGGCUCAAAUUUAUCUUGCCGAUAAAGGACCAAACCGUAAAGGAAGGCAAAACGGCUCGGUUCGAGCUGGAACUCUCCCACGAAAACAUCCCAGUCACCUGGUACAAGAACGACGUAAAGAUUCACCCGAGCAGGAUGGUGUUGACUCACGUGGACGGAAAGAAACAUGUCCUAGAGAUAAGGGACGUGACUCUGGAUGAUACGUGCCAGAUCAAGGCAGAGGUCAAAGGAAUUCCUUCCAUGGCCAACCUGACGGUCAUAGGUAAACCAGGAGUUCUGUCCUGCUCAUCCUGUGCCUCUUCUCCAUCCCCACAGCCUUUUCUACCAUUUGUCCAUGUUUGUGUCUGUGCAGAUGUUUGUAAGACAUCGUCUCUGUGUUCUGUGUCAGAAGAAAUUGUUUUUCUCUGGUGUGUGUUUGUGUUCCUCAUCUUCAGUUGACUGUGUUGUCCUUUGUUUGCCUCG